AUGGAAGAAAGGGCAGAAACUGUAAAAUCACCGGAGACUGUGAAGGUUGAAGAUUUGCUAGCUAAUUAUUAUUGUAAGAGGGCGCUUGGUCUCCGCGUCCCUGACCAAAGUGACCAAUCUGCAUCCGUUCCAACUGACAAAAAUGACGAAAAUGAAAAUAACUCCAAUAACGAUGAAGAUAACAAUGACGUUAUUAAAGAAGAUUCCAGUGCAUCCAAUACUGCCUGUUCGCCACCAGAACCUCCCGUUUGCUCGAAGGAUACUGCAUCGCCGGAAAUAUCCAAGAACUCCGAAACUAUCCAAGAAAAUUCAGUUGAUUCUGGAACAGAUUCUGUAGUUAAUGAUCCAAAUACUAAUGAGGUAUCAAAUCAAGAUUCUGCUGAUGAAAGUUCUACGGAAGAUGAAGAACCUGCAAAUAUGAUGUAUAUUGCUUACCCACCACAUCCUGACAAUAUAUACAGGUGUAGUGUCACUCUUGUUUAUGAAGCAUUUUGGUUCUCACUUAAUAUUUUAUGGGAUGAAAAUACAUAUCGGCUUUAUGAUGAUAUGUUGGUAGAGAUCCAGGAUGAUAUUCCGAAUCUGUCACCGCUGAAAGAAAAGUAUCUAUAUCAGAAUAAACCAUGUAUUGCAAUAUUUCCAAAAGACGGUCUAUGGUAUCGGGCAGCGGUGUUACAUUAUAACAAAAGAAAAAGUAUGCUUAAAGUAUUGUAUGUUGAUUAUGGUAACAUUGUAGAUCUCCCGGUAGCUGAUGCAAGAGAGAUCAGUAUGAGAUGGCUACAGAUUCCUCCUGCAACAAUGUUUGCAAAAUUGUAUGGCAUGCAGUUGAACUACGACGUAGAAUUUAAUAUUUUAGCUAAAUAUUAUUACAAGUUUGUGUUGUUAACUGACGGAAUUUUCCAGGUCAAUGUUAUGGAUUAUGAGGGCACAGUACCAUUAGUUGAGCUUAGAAAUGAAAAUGGUGAUUUGACAUACAAUAAAUUUAUACAAGAUAAUAUAUUUAUACCCCUUAGAUUCCUUGGGGCGCCAAGGGGGUAA